UCUUCCUGUUCCGUCAAUCCGUCUGCUAUAAUUUUGACAUGCAUGGCGUAUUUUAUUGAAGGGAAAAUGUUAUGUUAUGCAAUACACAUAAUAUGAUCACUUAACAUUACCAAGCUAAGUUUAAAUUAUUAGCAAAAAGGAUGAAAAUAACCGGUUAGUGUUUGUCAAUCUGGAGGAUUUUUGUUUAACAUGAUAUAUGUUUUGCAUACGGCGAAACUUUGUCGAAAAAUAUCAUGUCUAAGUUUAUCGAAAGUAAUCACAGCAAACCUUUCUGCUGGCCCUGCAAAACAGGCUGUAAAAAUAUCACAUGCAAAAGAAAGACAAACAGUGUCAAACAAACAAAGAACACACACAAUUGUUGCGGAAUCAAAAUACACAAUUCCUCCUGACAUUUUACAGAAAUCUACUCCAAUUAUUUCUGUUAAUAAAACAAAAACUUUAGAUAAUGAUGACACAAUUGAUUCUAUCGCCGCUGUUCAAAAGAAAAUGAAAUGGAAAUUUUUCGAAUUCGACGCAACGAAACUUCACAAAUAUUGUCUUAUGCUGUCAAAAGCACGAUUAACCUCACUUGUAGUUAUUACAGCCAUGGGUGGAUAUGCAAUGGCACCAGCUUCAUUUGAUCCAUAUAUUUUCACAAUGUGCUCCCUAGGCACUGGUUUAGUUUCGGCAUCGGCGAAUGCAAUCAAUCAAUUUUGUGAAGUUCCUUUCGAUGCUCAAAUGAAUCGAACGAAAAAUCGAGUACUAGUCCGCGGUUAUCUUGCUCCUGUUCACGCUGCAGUUUUCGCUGCGAUGUCUGGUUCGAUAGGCCUGGCAAUACUUUAUUCACAAGUAAAUACUUUAACGGCAGCAUUAGGUGGUGCUAAUUUAAUUUUAUACACUCUUAUUUAUACGCCCAUGAAACGAAUCAGUAUUUUAAACACCUGGAUUGGUUCAGUAGUUGGUGCAAUUCCACCUUUGAUGGGUUGGGCUGCUUGCCUAGGAGACAUAAGUUCACCAGGUGCAUGGAUGAUGUCUGGUAUUUUGUACGCCUGGCAAUUUCCCCAUUUUAAUGCCCUUUCAUGGAAUCUUCGACCGGAUUAUUCUCGAGCCGGAUAUAGAAUGAUGGCAGUCACAAAUCCCGAUCUUUGUCGAAGAACUGCCUUGAGAUAUACAGCAUCUUUAAUGAUUAUUUCAUACCUGGCCCCAAUUUUUGACGUUACAAAUUGGUGGUUUUCUGUGAUAUCAACGCCACUGAAUGGUUACUUUCUUUACUUAGCUUGGCAAUUUCAUAAACAAUCGGACAGCGCGACUUCACGUAAAUUAUUUCGUUUCUCGCUCCUCCAUCUUCCGGUGCUAAUGAUUCUCAUGCUAAUCUGCAAAAAGUAUUGGUUCAUCGAUUUCGCAUCAAAUAAAAAUAAGGAGAAAAUAAACGAAGAAAAACAUCAAGAUAGACUUCCGACUUCUAUCGCGGGACUUUUAACACCGACAUCUGCCUAAUUCAACAAAUUCAACAAUCAACUUAUUUAACUAAAAGAAAAACAAAUCAAUUUCUUAAAUUUAUAAAUAAGAUACUUAAUCGAAAUUUUCGAUUUCCUUUUUUUUUUGUUGUUAUUUACGAAAAUAUCGAUUAAAUAUCAUUGUUAGUUGAAAAAUAGAAUAUUUGAGAAUAUUGUUGAAUUUCAUUUUUAAAAUAGUGCAUCGAUUGUCAGUGCACAGGUUAAAGUUAUUUAACUUGUAUAAAGUAUAUAUUUAAAAAUGUAAAUCUGUAAAAUAUUGUUAGUGAAAAUGCAAUUUGUAAAAAUUCAAGUCUCGAUUAAAUAGAGGUUGAGAAAAGAACACUGAAA